AUGUCGCUCAAUGGCCUGGAUGACCCUAAAGUGGUAGAAGCGUAUGAAGCUGCAACCGCUGAGCCUGGAGGCUGGUUUCUUCUCAAAUACGAGAGCCGAGAUGAGAUCGAAGUGCUUAGUCGAGGAAAUGGCGGAAUAGUUGAGGUCCGCAAUACUAUUGCCGAAUAUGACGAGACGAGCCCAUUGUAUGGCUUUCUAAAGUACCGGAGGCGGAGUGUGAUUAUCAAGUAUCUGCCAGAGGACUGCUCAAGGAUUAUUCAAGCUCGCGUUGCGGUCCAUUUCAACGCCGUCUGCGAAAGAUUCUCACCGUAUGACACAACCUUCGAAAUUACCACUGCUGCCGAAUUGAAAGACUCGAAGCUUUCCGCAGCAUGCUCCUUGCACACCGCGUCCUGCUCGACCUCGUCAUCAACUAGCUCUCUGCGUCGGAGACGGCUUAUGGAAAUCACGGAGGAGGAAGAGGAAGAGAAAAGAGCCACAAAACGUCAGUCUGUGCAAGAUGCUGACGGGAGUCGACCGGAGUCUCCUACCGGUCGACGGUCAACAUCCGAACCUGUCACGCUUAACUCAGAGCUCGCAUCAUCCCCCGAGAACAGCAAGUUUUCUGCAGCGACAACGUCCGAAGUGCCUCAGUUCGUUGGUGUUGAUGAACGUCCCACUUCGCCCGAGAGUGACGUGUAUACAUAUGGUUCAUACCCGUACAGCAAACCAAAGGUGAAGCUCGGUCCACGCCCCUCCGUCGAUGCCAAUGGUCGACCCCAAACCGCUGGCAAUUUCCGGCCUGUAUCUGCUAUUCCUGCUGGGUUCAAGAUGUUUGGAAAAGGUGGCAAGAAGGGAAAGAACAGGGACCGACAAAAUUCUUUCUCAUCCCCCCACGAGGAGCUUGCAAGCCCCGAUUUUUCAGUGGCUGUCAACUCGACCUUUGAUGAUGGUCAAGAGAGGCCGGUUACUAGUUCGGGCCUGUCCAUUGACUCAUUACCCUUACCUGGAUCUACACCCAAGAAACCGACGAUGAGCCGUGAGAAGGCCAGAUUGAUGAAGGCUAAGCAGUUGCGUGAUCAAAAGAAGAAAAUGAGCAUGCUGCCGUCGACCGAAGCAGCCCCAGCCCACAGCGAGGAGCUCAAGAAUGUCAUUGAUAAUGCCACACAGGGGCAAGACGAGGCUAUAUCAUGUUCCGAUCCCCUUCCCGAGACGGACAGGCGCCUUUCAUUAAACAAGGAUGAUUCUGGUAUCAUGCUGGAAACGCCAACCUCUGUGGCCCCAAAUGACCAGAAUUCUGACCUCGCACCUUCCGACUCUCACCCAGCAAGCCCUCUGGUUGGGUCUUCUGAUGCCGGUCAUUCCACGAAAGCUUCAUCCAUCUCAGAGUCGACCGAUGAGACAGUACACGCCAAAGAGGAGGAGCAGUCGCCAGAAACUAAGGAGAAGCAUCCUCGUGAUUCUGUUGGCCUGAACCUAGAAGAAGCAACCCACGCUAUCGAUGGCCCAGCUGAUGGUGAACCCAAGUCUGAUGUGGGAGUCGCAGUUGAUGAGCAUACUGUCCAGAAGCCUUUGGAUGCGAUGGAGAAUUUGGGGCGAGGUACUGAUAAUACUGCGACCUCGAUUGCAGAAGCCUCGCGGGAUUCCGAGGAUCUCUCCGCGCAGGAUGUCGACAAAAACCAUGACGAGCAAAACAGCCUAGAGGACAAUGCUUUGGCCUUUUCCAAAUUCUCCGCAAAUGGUACCCGAAAUCUCGAAGAAGACGGGCAAACUCUCACUGAAAACGAUCACAUAAUAGACACCAGGAAGAAGGCAAAUGAUAAUGACGAAGUCCAGUUGGUUCGGGAGGAGAAGCAAGCCAAGCGCGAGAUGCAGAUAUUGCCCAUACAGACAACAAACUUGAAAAUGGAGGAGAACUUUGAGGAUGAAAUACAGAGCGCGGUAGUUGAGGAGGCCACGUCGGCAACAGUUAUCAAGACGCCCCUCACUCCCAGCUUCCCCCCAAGUCCUAGCAAAGCACAAAAUAGCUACACGGUUAGGACUGUAUCGAACCCCGUACGCGGCGAUCUGGUUCUUCCAUCCGAUGCCAGCCAAUCCUCAGCGCGGUCCAUGAGUUCUAGUGCUGCCUACUUGAACCACAUCGCUCAGAAACAACAGGGAGGAAACCUGGCUAAGAAGUCCAAUAUCGGCUCAGUCAUCUCCGAGCGAAUCAAGGAGCUUGAACAGCGCUCUGCACCCUCGACAGAUGCUCUGGCGGCUCCGACGAGAGAAAGACCCUCGUCAACCUUUUUCGCCGUGAAGAAGCGCGAGCCAUCUAGAUCACCGUCCGUGUUGGACAGAGCAAACUCAUUCCGACACCAGACUCCUUCAUCCCCAGAGCGAACACUGGAAUCCUCACCAGAAGGAGGAAGGCGCAAUCGGUUGGAACGAUCAGGCUCAGUAACCAGCCGUUUAUCCAUGUUUGAACCAGCACCUGGACCACGAAACCUUGUAGUCCCUACUGCGGCCCCCAGUCGUGGCCGGCCAGAAUCCAUCUCCGUUACCGCACGCAUUAUUCGUGAUCAUAAUCAACCGGUGCAGAUGGGCUUCGAGCCUUCUAGAGAUCCAUCUGAAUACAACCCUCUAGAGUUGAAACAGUCACCACUUCUAGUGGACCACCAGGCGGCUUCUCCAGGAAAGGACUACCGAACCACUGACCCGGCAUCUGAGCACACAACUGAAAACCCCGAACAUGGGAAGCCGGGCAAGCCUCGACAAUCCUCGCUCAGCAUUGUCAAGGGCUUCAGGAAGGAAAGACGCAAGUCGGUGACUUCAGACGGCAGCAACCCUGCGUACUCACCUACACGGCCAGAUACAACGCAUGGGAGCGCCACCUUCUCUCCUCGUCUUUCAAUUAGCAGCCAUCGGUCAUCUUUUAGUAGGGAUCGUGAUGUCGUCUUGUCGCCCGCAGACUCGGGAUCCGGAGACGAUGCUAAGUCGACCAAUGGGGACAAGAAGCUCUCGAGAGCUAGCCGGUUCAUGCACCGUCUCUCUCAGCUCUCGGGAUCUCGUUCCAAGAAUAACCUCUCAGCUACAUCACCACCAACGACAAAGGAAGAGACCCGAGAACCUGUCCAAUCGCGCCCGUCGACUACCGGGUCCCCGACCAUUGUAUCCUACAUGGGCGACGUCAAUGUUCAAUUCCCGGAUAAUUUACUCUGGAAACGUCGAAACAUGUGCCUCGAUUCUCAGGGGUACCUGAUUCUGAGCGCCUUGCCUGCCCAAAACGGCCGACCUGCGCAAGGCACGAAGCGAUACCAUCUCAGUGACUUCCGCGCCCCGUACACUCCGGAUGUAGAGGUACAAGAACUCCCGAAUAGCGUUGUUCUGGAUCUUAUCGAGGGUUCAGGCAUUCAGGUAGCUUGCGAGGACCGUGCCGGACAAUUGAGAGUCUUGCAAAUCCUGCAAGAAGCCCAUGCUACUCGUGGCACCACCUAUGCACUCUAA